UGUGUAUGUGGUUGUGAAUAUGUUGGUGUGUCUGUGUUAAUAUAUAUUCAAUCAGUUUAAGCCUUCCAGUCAUUCGUUCUUACUUCACAUCUACCUUGAGUUUUCUCAUCGUUCGCGGGAAACGAGAGUUACGGAGCUCGUGUACAUCCUACUACAGCAUUGGGCGAGAUUACUAUGACAAACAAUACUAUGUUGGAUAUGGUUCCCUUAGAGAUAGGCAAGGAUUUCAAAUUACCUGACAUUAAUGAAAGAUCAGUAACACCAGAUUCAUUCUCAGAAAAUGGAAAUAACGGUAUCUACCAAUCAGAUUCUCCACAGCACAGUCAUAACCAGAGUGAUGAUAGGAGCCCUUUUUCAAGAAACCUGCAGAUGAUAAGAAGGAAGAAAAAUCGGUUAGCAGCGCAGAAAUGUCGAGAGAAGAAGAAAGAACGGAUCCGAAUUUUGGAAGAGGAAAUCAAGUCACUAAUUAAAGAAAAUUAUAGUUUAAAACAGGCAAAUUAUGAAUUAGGGGAAAAAUUGUCUGAACAACAAAAGAAACUGGAGGAAGCCCAAUGCUUUAUCCGUUCUACAGAUCGGAGCCAUCAUUUAGAAAAUACAUAUCAACUCUUCCACAAUAAACAGCAGCAGAUCUUAGCAGCGCCAAAUAUCCUCAACAAGAAUACAAUAACGGAUAAUGUUUCUUUUGGACAUCAUAGGCAUCAUAAUUCUAUGGCACCUAAUAAUUUGUUGGCAAAUUUCAUAGAUUGUAUAUAAAUAAAUAAAUAUACAAUCAAACAAACCAAAAAUGGAACAUGAAUUUAGAGAAUAAAACAAGGAAUGCACACACACACACACACACACACAUAUAUAUAGUGGAAAAAAGAUUAGAGAUCUAUACAAAUCAAAUAUUUAUAUAUAAAAGAUGGAGGUGGAAAUAGCACAGAAGUAAAUUUAACACUUUUCGAUUUCAGAAGGAAUUUAAUAAAAAAUGAUUUUGAAAAUUAUAUAAAGAAAAUAUUGCCGGUUUCGAUGAUGAAUCUCAUCUUAUCAAAUAUCAGUAAAAAUUGACAAAAAUUUGAAGUAAAACCAGUUUGUCUUUUGUCUGGGGGUCAAAUUUCUUUCGGAGAUCACAGGUAUCAGAAUUCUAUGGCACCCAAUAAUUUUCUGGCAAAUGUUAGAGAGCACACGCACACACACAUAUAUAUAAACAAAUACACACAUUUACAGAAACAUACAUAUACACACAAACACACAUAAAGAAAGUCUAAUAAUACUCUUUAUGUAUGUACGGGUCUCUAAGCAGGCUAUCUAUAUAUAUAUAUUAUAUAUACAUAUAUAGGUACGGUUAUGUCCAUUUUGGGACUAGGGGUUGACAUAUAUGCACACCCAGAACUAACAGACUAACAUCAAUCCCUGGGAAACAACUCUUCCUCCCAGAAAAAAAAAAAAAAAGAAAAAAUCCGUUUUAAUUCUUCACUGCUUUGUUCCAUUUCAUUUCAUCAAAUACACUGACAGCCAUGUCACCCCAAGAUUCUAUAUACCUGCAUACCUCCAGCAUAAAAGUGACUAUGCACUCCAGAUCAGCGUGUCUGAAGAGUUGUCCAUCUUGACCUUCGAGAAUAAUUGGCACGAAACCAGACACUCACAUUCUGACCAGCUGUAUGCCAUAACCAAAUAAUAUACUGCUUGACUAUGAACUAUAUGUACGUAUGUAUAUAUGUGAGUGUGUGUAUGUAUAUAUAUGCGUGUACGUGUGUGUGUGUGUGUGUAUGGAGUUUGUGCUCCAGCAGAGCCAUAGUACAAUCAGUGAGUACAAUCAUUAAAAUGAUAAAAGAUAUAUGUAUGUACAAACAAUGCAAUACUCUCUCUCUUUCUCUCUCUGUAUAUAUAUAUAUAUAUAUAUAUAUAUAUAUAUAUAUGGAUGCUACUGAAAUAAUGAAAGAUGUGUGUGAAUAAAUAACCCAAAUUAAUAUUUUUUUUACACAAUUCAUUUGAAAAUGUAAAAGUUUUUAUUUCUCUGUAAGCGAUAUUAUAUUUUUAUAUGAAAAGACCCACAGUUUCUUUUUGUCGGAAUAAAUUAAUAAUAAAUUAAUUAUAACAAUCAUACAAA